AUGAGUGCGGGCACGGUGCUGGUCUUCGCGCUUCAGCGCUCGGACGGCGGCAAGAGCCUGGGCUGGGGCAGCUGCACCUUCGACUCCAAGACUGCGGCGGAGCGGGCGGUGCAGCGCUUUGACGGGGCCUGGGUGGACAACCGCCAGAUCAAGUUGGAGGUGGACCACCGGCCUCCGAAGAGCUUCCGGCCCUGCGUGUUCUUCCACAACGUGUCCUGGACCAUGAGCGGCACUGAACUGAAGACCAAAUUCGCCAAGUACGGCACUGUGGAGGAGUUUGAGCUCCGUGUGAAGCCCAACGGCCGGUCUCUGGGCAUGGGCACCUGUCGGUUCUCCUGCUCCAAGGAGGCCAAGGCGGCGAUCGCCGGCAUGGACGGGUACAUGCUGAACGGCCGGAGGCUGUACCUCUGCCGCUACGACCCGAUUGGGGCUGGGCGUGUGCAGGUAUAA